AUGGCGGCGGUAAGCCUAAAACACUCCCUUAAAACCGAUGACUUGUCUCUGACUCAGGAGCAAAUAAAGGCCAUUGCCCAAAUCAGUGAGAAACAUUUGCACUUUUAUGCUAGACCCAGAUUCCUCAGAGUCAUGAAAGAGUUUGAAUACACCAGUACCUUCAAGCAAAGCAAGCUGAGACUGAAGCAAGAGGGUUACGACCUAGACAAAGUAGAUUUGCCUGUUUAUUAUCUGCAUUGCAAAGAAAAUACAUACAAGGAAAUGACUCCAGAGAUUGAGAAACAAAUAAACUCUGGAGUUAUCAGAAUGUAG